UUCACAGUCUCAACUUCUCAUUACUUCCAAACAUUCUCACUCUAAAUAUGAGUCACAACUCCUUGAAUGGAACUAUUCCUCCUCAAAUUGGUUCCUUAUCCAAUCUCAACACUCUUGACUUGUCCACUAAUAACCUCUUUGGUAGCAUUCCCAAUACCAUUGGUAAUCUCUCCAAACUCUUGUUUCUUAAUCUUUCUGACAAUGAUCUCUCUGGUACUAUUCCUUCUGAAAUAGUACACUUGGUUGGUCUUCAUACAUUGCGCAUAGGUGAUAAUAAUUUCACUGGAUCCCUUCCUCAAGAAAUAGGUAGAUUGAUGAAUCUGAGAAUACUUGAUAUUCCUCGGUCCAAUAUCUCAGGGACUAUCCCAAUCUCAAUAGAAAAGUUAAGCAUUUUGUCUCAUCUAGAUGUCGAAAGCAACAACCUUUCUGGCAACAUUCCACUGAGAAUUUGGCACAUGAACCUAAAGCAUUUGUCAUUUGCUGGUAAUAACUUCAACGGUUCCAUCCCCGAAGAAAUUGUGAAUUUGAGGAGCAUCGAGACUCUCUGGCUUUGGAAAAGUGGGCUUUCUGGCUCCAUUCCCAAAGAAAUUUGGAUGCUGAGGAAUCUAACAUGGCUCGACAUGAGCCAAUCCAGUUUCAGCGGGUCUAUUCCUCGUGAUAUUGGGAAGUUAAGGAACCUAAAGAUUCUUCGUAUGUCGAAAAGUGGCUUGUCUGGCUCCAUGCCCGAAGAAAUUGGGAAGUUGGUUAACCUCCAGAUUCUAGAUCUCGGAUAUAAUAAUCUUUCUGGCUUCAUUCCUCCUGAAAUUGGUUUUUUGAAACAACUUGCUCAACUUGAUUUGUCUCAUAACUUUCUCUCUGGUGAAAUCCCCUCUACAAUUGGAAACUUGAGCAAUUUAUAUUAUCUUUACUUUUAUCAUAACAGUUUAUAUGGUUCUAUUCCUGAUGGAGUGGGAAAUCUCCAUUCACUUUCCACUAUCCAACUGUCGGGCAACAGCCUCUCUGGAGCAAUCCCAGCUUCCAUAGGCAACUUGGUCAAUUUGGACUCCAUGCUCCUUCAUGAAAAUAAACUCUCUGGGUCCAUUCCUUUCACCAUUGGAAAUUUGUCAAAGCUUAGUAAAUUAUCUAUAUACUUGAAUGAACUCACUGGACCAAUCCCAGCUUCCAUACGCAACUUGGUCAAUUUGGACUCCAUGCUCCUUUAUGAAAAUAAACUCUCUGGGUCCAUUCCUUUCACCAUUGGAAAUUUGUCAAAGCUUGGUGACUUAGAUAUAUCCUUUAAUGAACUCACUGGACCAAUCCCAGCUUCCAUAGGCAACUUGGUCAAUUUGGACUACAUGGCCCUUCUUGAAAAUAAACUCACUGGAUCAAUUCCUUCCACUAUUGGAAAUUUAUCAAAUGUCAGGGAAUUAAUAAUUAUUGGAAAUGAACUUGGUGGCAAGAUUCCAAUAGAAAUGAACAUGCUUACUGCUCUGGAAAAUUUGCAGCUAGCUGACAAUAAUUUUAUAGGCCAUUUACCUCAAAACAUUUGCAUUGGUGGAACGUUGAAAUAUUUUUCCGCUGAAAAUAACAACUUCAUAGGCCCAAUUCCAGUGAGUUGGAAGAAUUGCUCCAGCCUUAUAAGAGUCAGGCUUCAGCGAAACCAGCUAACUGGGGAUAUAACAGAUGCUUUUGGUGUACUUCCAAAUUUGGACUACCUCGAAUUGAGCGACAAUAACUUUUAUGGUCAACUUUCACCUAACUGGGGAAAGUUUCGUAGCCUCACAAGCCUCACGAUCUCCAACAAUAAUUUAUCAGGUGUGAUACCACCAGAGCUAGCUGGGGCAACCAAAUUACAACGACUUCAGCUGUCUUCAAACCAUCUUACAGGAAACAUUCCACAUGAUUUAUGUAACUUGCCCUUGUUUGAUCUCUCACUCGACAACAAUAAUCUUACAGGAAAUGUUCCCAAAGAAAUAGCAUCAAUGCAGAAACUUCAAAUUUUGAAGCUUGGAUCAAAUAAGUUGUCUGGCUUAAUCCCAAAACAACUAGGAAAUUUGCUCAAUUUAUUGAACAUGAGUCUGAGCCAAAAUAAUUUUCAGGGAAAUAUUCCUUCAGAGCUUGGCAAACUGAAAAUUCUCACGAGUCUUGAUCUUGGUGGAAAUUCUUUGAGAGGAGCAAUACCUUCAAUGUUUGGAGAAUUAAAAAGCUUAGAAACACUGAAUCUCUCUCACAAUAAUCUUUCAGGUAAUCUCUCUAGCUUCGAUGAUAUGACGAGCUUGACAUCUAUUGAUAUAUCAUACAACCAGUUUGAGGGUCCACUUCCAAACAUUCUAGCCUUCCACAAUGCUAAAAUUGAAGCAUUGAGAAAUAAUAAAGGCUUGUGUGGCAAUGUCACUGGCUUGGAGCCUUGCUCAACAUCAAGUGGGAAAUCUCAUAAUCAUAUGAGGAAGAAAAUAAUAAUAGUAAUUUUACCCCUUACUUUGGGUAUUCUAAUACUGGCAUUAUUUGCUUUCGGAGUCUCGUAUCAUUUAUGCCAAACCUCAACGAAAAAAGAAGACCAGGCUACAAAUAUACAAACUCCAGACAUAUUUGCAAUAUGGAAUUUUGAUGGCAAAAUGGUGUUCGAGAAUAUUAUUGAAGCCACAGAAGAUUUUGACGACAAACAUCUCAUUGGUGUUGGAGGGCAAGGAUGUGUUUACAAAGCAGUGCUCCCUGCAGGUCAAGUUGUUGCUGUGAAGAAACUCCAUUCAGUUCCAAAUGGAGAGAUGCUCAAUCUGAAAGCUUUCACAUGUGAGAUCCAAGCUUUGACAGAAAUUCGACAUCGUAACAUUGUAAAGUUAUAUGGGUUUUGUUCACAUUCACAAUUCUCAUUUUUGGUGUGUGAAUUCCUGGAGAAUGGCAGUGUUGAGAAGACUCUGAAGGAUGAUGGACAAGCAAUGGCAUUUGAUUGGUAUAAGAGGGUGAAUGUUGUUAAAGAUGUAGCAAAUGCUUUGUGCUAUAUGCACCAUGAAUGCUCACCUCGAAUUGUUCAUCGUGAUGUAUCAAGCAAGAAUGUUCUUUUGGAUUCCGAAUAUGUAGCUCAUGUCUCAGACUUUGGAACAGCCAAGUUUCUUAAUCCAGAUUCAUCCAAUUGGACCUCAUUCGUAGGAACCUUUGGAUAUGCUGCUCCAGAACUUGCAUACACAAUGGAGGUGAAUGAGAAAUGUGACGUGUAUAGUUUUGGGGUCCUAGCAUGGGAAAUACUUUUUGGGAAGCACCCUGGUGAUGUUAUAUCUUCUUUAUUGGGAUCAUCUCCAUCUACUCUUGUGGCCUCAACACUCGAUCACAUGGCAUUGAUGGAUAAGUUGGACCCACGUCUCCCUCAUCCAACAAAGCCAAUUGGUAAGGAAGUGGCAUCAAUUGCAAAGAUAGCAAUGGCCUGCUUGACUGAAAGUCCACGAUCUCGCCCUACCAUGGAGCAGGUUGCCAAUGAGUUGGUAAUGGGAAGCUCAUCUUCAAUGGAUUAGCUCUACAUUGUCACUUACAUAUAGCUGAAAGAUUGAACUUAAUAAACAUGCUUGAGUUUAAUUGUUCUUUUCUAUUUUUGUAUUGUAUCUUUUUUUUUUAUAUUGUAGGUCAUUUUAUUUUAGUUUUCUGGGUUUCUGAACUUUAGAUACCUUAACCAAAUUAAUGAUAACAUUUGUAAGCUUUAUUUUUUUUCCUAUUAAAAUAAAGGAAACAAAUUAAAUAUAGUGUUA